AUGAUGGCCUUAGUUCUGCUAAUUUCCACUCUUGCCUUCAGCCUCACAAAUGGAAUAAAUCUACAAGAUUUUAGCUGGCAGUUAAAAAAAAUACCACAGAUUGUGAAGGAAAAGACUUUCUUCCUUGACACUCCUAAAUAUGAAGCCAGUGCCAAAUUAGAAUUGAGCGGUGUGUGUGGGAUUGAAUGCCAAAGGACACUGCCAGUGCCACGUUGGUCUGAUCUGAAGGAGCUGCUUUCCUAUGAGACAGUCUUUGAGAAUGGCACGAGGACCUUGACAAAAGUGGAGGUUCUGGGGAUGGAGCCCGAUGCAGUUGUAAACAUUACUACUAAGAUGCCAGCAAGAAGGAAGAGACAGGUCUAUGGCACAGACAGCAGAUUCAGCAUUUCAGACACUCGCUUUCUGACCAACUAUCCUUUUAACACCGCAGUCAAGAUCUCCACAGGCUGCAGUGGUAUCCUUAUAUCUCCAAAGCAUGUACUCACUGCUGCCCAUUGUGUGCAUGACGGUAAAGAUUACAUUAAAGGCACCAAGAAACUGAGAGUGGGGCUGUUGAAGUUGAAAUCCAAAGGCAGUGGCAAGAGACGAAGGGGAGCCAAGAGGAGCAAGAGGGAGAUCCCAGAAGUCAAAGAGGAUGAGGUUGACUCCAAACUCCAGAAAAGGAGAUCUGGCGGUAGAGCUGGAAGAAAACAAAAGACUCUUCCUGUGUUGAAUGAGAGGAAGUCAGAGCGUAAGCCAUCUUUCCAGUGGACCAGAGUUAAAAGUACUCAGAUCCCCAAAGGCUGGACAACAGAUGUGACAAGAGAUGUUGCAGUAGAUUAUGACUAUGCAGUUUUGGAACUCAGGCGUCCCCACAAGAAAAAAUACAUGGAACUUGGCAUCAGCCCGAAUAGCAAAAUGAUUCCUGGAAAUAUGAUCCACUUUUCUGGAUACGAUGCAGACCGAGCUGGCCAACUGGUUUAUCGCUUUUGCAGCAUAUCUGAUGAAUCCAGUGAUCUCUUCUACCAGUAUUGUGAUGCUGAGCCUGGUUCUACUGGUUCAGGAAUCUACCUCCGCCUUAAGGAACCAAACAAGAAGAAAUGGAAACGCAAAAUCAUUGGCAUUUAUUCUGGCCAUCAGUGGGUGGAUGUUAACGGAGAACAGCAGGAUUACAAUGUUGCAGUUCGAAUUACACCCCUCAAAUUAGCUCAGAUUUGCCUCUGGUUAGGGAACAAUGACACCUGUGCACAGGGCUAAUGAUAAUGCAGGAUCACCUAAUAUCUAGUAGGGUUAGGCAAUGGAAGUCAUGCGUUGACUUGCUUUGGUUGUAUUUGAACUUGACAUCAGAAAUUAGAUUUCUUUGUAUUGAGGAACAACAAAAAACAAAUAACUCAGCUUUUAUGAGAAUUUUUUCUGCUAGGUUAAUUAACCAUAGACAUGAGGUGCACUUAAA